CUCGAUUCCUCAAAGAUAGGCAAAAUCUGGCACAUCGACUGGGUAUCUCAUCGGACAUUAAACAUCGGCAGCCGCAAGAAGAGGGAUCGAGGAGAACAGGCCGAGAAGACGGGCACACGCGCUGAGAUCAUAGUGAACAAAGAAUGCACGCGACUCAGCUGCCAAAUCAUCAAAGACUAUCGUGAUAAAUUGAUAAUCGUUGAGCAGCCGCUGCAGACAGACCUACCAAAGAAUGUCUUCCUCCGCCUGGUCUGUGCAGAGUAUAGGCGACUCCAGAAGAUACGCAGAUUUCUUCGUUAUCAAGCGCCCUUCGCAGAGAACCUUCAGAAAACUCUUUCAAUCUCGAACUCCUAUACGCUGUUUCAAUUCAGCGUUACGCAUCGACCAAUGUACCCUCAGGUAUGCCAAGAGAAAAAUUCGAAAAUUGAUUAUUCGUCAUUUGGACCUAUCCAAACUGUACGGAGAUCUGCCUCAAUCUCGCUUGGAUUUUCUAAAACGCGAGGUACUACUGGACGCAGAAUUAUCGUUCAUGAUACAAUACGAAGACGGCUGGGCGGUUGAUGUACUGGUUCGUAACCUGUAUUUCCAACGUCUUAAAUUGGUUGAAGAAAAGCUGAAAUUGGCUCGGAAGACACAGUGUCACUGUCGUCGAAAGCCGCUUCCCAGUUGUCCUUGCGUCUCUCCAGAACUCGGCCUGAUAGGCAGACGUACCCGGUCUGCCUCGUCACGUAUAGCUCUCCUAUCCGCUCGCUUAGAUUCAGCAACACCAAGUCUUCUUCAUUUCCAUUCAGCCAUCGUCCGGGCUGGCCUCUGCACAGACGAACAUCUACGUCAACUGUUUCGCAUGACACCCAAAUCGAGAGAUAAAUUCAUUUCACAAGCACUAGGGAAGUCAACCUUAUUUGAACGAGUUGCGGUCAUGGACAUUCUGGGACGGAUGAACAACGAAUUGUAGUUUGUAGAUAAUGAACUGGCAUUCUGCGGGAUAGUAAAGAACCUCAACGGUGGUGCCAACCCUCCCUCUUGUAUCGUAGUGUAUAAAUGCCGCGCGCGCAAGCGAGGCUGUGGAAGUCGAUUGACCGCACCUCGGAGGUGGAAAAUGCGCCUGUCGUGUGAAGGGGCCUGGACAAAAAGACCGGCAGAGUUUGAGUGAGCCCUUGCAAUGGCACGAUCCUACCCUGAGCCGAACCAUUUGUUUGUCGUAGCUGUUUUCCAAAUUACGAGUCAUUACAUCUGUUGCAGGUGGAAGGAUCAAGAUCCUUGCUAAAGCUGAAAAAUUCAGCGGCCAGAACCUAUACAUUUGAGCAAAAGAAACAAACCAUACAACAUCUAAAUUAUCAGAUUACUGUCCUCACGACCUGCCGCAAAGGGCUCGAAUCGAG